UCUCAUCGUAGUCAUUCAUAGCAUAGCAAUCGGGCAAGACGGUGCGGUGCAGGCUACAUUGCUAUAUCCUAUAUGCAGCAGAGAGGCAGAGCUCACGACCGAAGAUCAAGGAGCUUUUCCAGAUCACGCAUUGCUGUUGAGGGUUCUUAGCCCCAUUUAUUCUUCACAUUUCACUCUCUCUUUCUCUCUCAUUCGAAUUUUCAGCAGCUCAGUCUCUCUCACUCCCAUUUCGGUCUACAAUGGCUGCUCCUAAUGGACAAGAGCGUGAGGUUCAGAAGAACUACUGGGUGGAGCACUCCGCAGAUUUGACCGUUGAGGCCAUGAUGCUCGACUCCAAAGCCUCUGAUCUUGACAAAGAAGAGCGACCUGAGGUGCUUUCUAUGCUCCCUCCAUAUGAGGGUAAAUCUGUUUUGGAACUGGGAGCUGGGAUUGGUCGUUUCACUGGAGAGUUAGCUCAAAAGGCUGGUCAGCUUGUCGCAUUGGACUUCAUUGACAGUGUGAUAAAGAAGAAUGAAAGCACUAAUGGACACCAUAAGAACGUCAAGUUCAUGUGUGCUGAUGUUACAUCUCCUGAUCUGAAGAUUUCUGAAGAAUCAGUGGAUAUGAUAUUCUCAAAUUGGCUUCUUAUGUAUUUAUCAGAUAAGGAGGUGGAAAAUUUGGUAGAAAGGAUGAUGGGAUGGUUGAAGGUCGGUGGAUAUAUCUUUUUCAGAGAGUCUUGUUUCCACCAAUCUGGAGACUCUAAAAGAAAAUCCAACCCAACCCAUUACCGGGAACCCAGAUUUUAUACCAAGGUUUUUAAACAAUGCCACAUGCAUGAUGAUUCUGGGAAUUUCUUUGAACUCUCUCUUGUUGGUUGCAAAUGUAUUGGAGCUUAUGUUCGGAACAAAAAGAAUCAAAAUCAGAUUUGCUGGUUAUGGCAGAAAGUCGCUUCACAGGAUGAUAGAGGUUUCCAGCAGUUCUUAGAUAAUGUUCAGUACAAAAGUAAUGGCAUAUUACGAUAUGAACGUGUCUUUGGACAAGGUUUUGUGAGCACAGGAGGGAUCGAAACAACUAAAGAAUUUGUGGCAAAGUUGGAUCUUAAGCCUAGCCAGAAAGUUCUAGAUGUAGGCUGUGGCAUCGGGGGAGGUGACUUUUAUAUGGCCUCGAAUUAUGAUGUUGAGGUUGUUGGCAUUGACCUCUCCGUAAAUAUGAUUUCUUUUGCUCUUGAACGUGCCAUUGGACUCAAAUGCGCUGUCGAGUUUGAAGUUGCUGAUUGCACGCAAAAGACUUAUGCUGACGACACCUUUGAUGUGAUAUACAGCCGUGACACCAUUUUACACAUUCAAGACAAACCUGCAUUAUUCCGAUCCUUCUACAGGUGGUUGAAGCCAGGAGGUAAAGUUCUCAUCAGUGAUUACUGUAGGAGUGCUGGAACUCCAUCGGCAGAGUUUGCUGAGUAUAUUAAGCAAAGAGGAUAUGAUCUCCAUAAUGUACAAGCAUAUGGUCAGAUGCUCAAGGACGCUGGUUUUGACGAGGUCAUUGCUGAGGAUCGUACUGAUCAGUUCAAAGAAGUUUUGCAGCGGGAACUGGAUGCUGUCGAGAAAGACAAGGAUGCGUUCAUCCAGGACUUUUCGGAAGAGGAUUAUGAUGAUAUAGUUGGUGGAUGGAAGGCAAAGCUGAUCAGGGCUGACUCCGGAGAGCAGAAGUGGGGCCUCUUCAUUGCCAAGAAGAAAUGAAGCACUGUUUAGAUAUGUGUUUUGGGACGAACAUUGUUUGUGAUUUAGUAAUAAUGGUCUGUUGUUGUUGGCCUGUCCUAUUUCAAUCCAUGUCGCUGUUUUUAAUUAGAACUAUUGUGUGACUUGUCUUUCAACUUUUGCCCAUUUUUAAUGGAAUUGGAGUGUUUGUAUUUGUUUAAUGAGUCA